AUGGAGAGGCACAGGAAGCGCGAGCUUCGUGAAUUGAACAUACGCGCCUGGGAUGGCGAACAAGACGUCUUCGCCGUGCAAGGCUCUCUCGACUCGUCUAUGAAAAAGAACACGGCCUUUAUCAAGCGCCUUCGAACCGCCGUAAACGCACCUGCCCAAGCGCAGUUCCUCCAAGAAAUCCGCGCCUUGUCCCUCCAUAAAUAUCUGUCCGAAAUCAUCUCCGCAUGUUACGAAGGCCUGUGCAAGCUCAAGACCCCCGGAGAGAUUGCAGCCGGUGUAGAAAUCGUCAGCGCUCUCCACCAGCGCUUCGGCCCGACCGAGUUCACAGGAUACAUUGGCUGGUACAUUGGGAGGGGCUUAGCGACACCGGACAAGUCACACCUGAAGACACUGGCACCCGAGGUGCGCGAGCGUGAAGAGAAGGAGCGCCUAGCCCGCCAGCGCGUCCUUUUACGGGUUGCUACCGAACUCUGGCUUGUGGGUGUUCUGCGCAGUCUGGAUGACGUAGCUCGACCCGAGGAAGCGAGCAAGACCAAAGACAAUGGCAAGCUCGUCGAAGGUUCUACGAAAGCAAAGUCGCGCGCUGAGAACGCUGACGCUGAGCCCUUUCCGCUCGAGGUACUGAAGGACAUGCUGGGACACGAUCGCGAACAUGUCAACCUACCUCUCGUCGUUAUCUUCGUCAAGGCCUUCGCUUGGGAUAUACUGGGUGCCAAGCCAUCCUCCGCAGAGGGUCGCAAGACUGUGAAUGAGGAUGGGACUACAACGGCUGAGAAGAAUGGGGGUGCUUCCGGCGCCGAAGAUGAGGAGCAAGAUCCGCCCAUAAUCUCCUCGGACUUGCAACAGCGCUUCAGGAAUAUCCUCACUCGUUACUUUGAAGACGUCAAGACCCACCUCCUCCGCGACCAAAAACACAUACUCAGUCAGGGCCGGAAGAAUGCUGAAGCGUACGUCAAGUCGGGCGAGGUCUUCGAGGAUCGUCAGUCCAACUACGAGAAGCAGAUGAAGUCUCAAGAGCGACUGGUGACAAACGCACAGAUUCUGGCCGACGCCUUGGGCGUAGAGAUGCCAGAUCUCAAAGAGAAGGACAAUUCCGCGAAUACAGGCGAUGGUGCUAUUGGCCUGGUCAAGGCGGGCGAAUACCUGCGCGGCCAAAGCGAUGGCGCUGGCAUCUGGGAAGACGAAGAAGAGCGACGUUUCUACGAGAAUCUGAUUGACUUGAAAGACCGCGUUCCAGGUAUUCUGCUAGAGGAGGUCAAAAAGAAGAAGACAGAUGGCGACGAGCAGGUUGGCAAGAAGAUCGAGGCAAAGACUGAGGCCGUCGAGAAAGAGGCACCGGAAGCUACCAAUGACACGAAACCGGCCGAUGGGGAGGACCAAUCUACUGCCAUUGCAAACAAGUCCGUUGGAGCACAGGUCGAUGCCCUACUGGCACGCCUUCCAGAAAUUGCAACAAAGGAUGCUGUCGAUCAGACUGCCAUGGACUUUUGUUUCCUAAACUCAAAGGCUUCUCGUAACCGCCUCAUCAAGGCUGUGCAAGAGAUCCCGAAGGGCCGGUCCGACCUGCUCCCUUUGUACUCCAGGCUCAUUGCAACUCUCGGAAAGUACAUGUCAGACGUUUCUCAGGGCCUGGUAUCCUACCUUGACGACGAGUUCAGAAGCCUACAACGACGAAAGUCGAAAGACUUCCUGGGACAAGUGCGAACGCAGAAUGUGCGCUACCUUGCAGAGUUGACCAAGUUCGGUGUGGUUCCAGAGCACGUCAUCUUCCAUUGUCUAAAAGUCAGCCUUGACGACUUCUCACGGAUGAAUAUCGAGAUCAUCUGCAACCUGUUGGAGAAUUGCGGACGUUAUCUGCUUCGCAACCCUGAGACAUCUCCUCGUAUGCAUUCCUUCCUAGAAACCCUUCAACGCAAGAAGGGUGCUCAGGUCAUUGGUCAACAAGAGCGCAUGUUGAUCGAGAACGCUGUGUACUAUGUGAACCCUCCAGAGCGUGCAGCAAUCGAACAGAAGGAGCGAACGCCAGUUGAGCUCUUCCUGCGCAAGAUCAUGUACCAGGACCUGACUCGUCGUACGCUGGACAAAACCAUCAAGCAGGUACGCAAGAUGCACUGGGAGGAAGAGGAGGUAGUCAAUCUCCUCCACAAGGUUUUCGCAAAGCCGGGGAAGAUCAAGUACAGCAACAUCCACUUGCUAGCCGUCAUGCUGGGGACGAUCCAUCGUUUCCACCAAGACUUCGCCAUUUCAGUCAUCGACGACCUUCUCGAAUCCAUCACGUUUGGAUUAGAAUUGAACGACUUCAAGUUUAACCAACGCCGGAUCUCAGAAGUCAAAUACCUUGGCGAACUAUAUAUUUAUCGGUUAGUCGACUCGCCUCUCAUCUUCGACACCCUGUACAAGCUCUUGAACUACGGAUGGGAAGGUGGGUAUGCGCGGCCUGGAGGGUAUAAUCCUCUGGAUCUUCCCGACGACUACUUCCGCAUUCGCCUUGUUUGCAACCUUUUGGAAACCUGCGGCAUGUAUUACGACAAAGGCGCGGCGAAGAAGAAGCUUGACUUCUUUCUUACAUACCUGCAGUACUAUGUAUGCAUCAAAGAGGCAUUGCCGAUGGAUGUGGAGUUCAUCGUGCAAGACGCUUUCAACCUAGUGAGACCGCAGUGGAAGAUAGUCACUAACCUGGAGGAGGCUUCGCGUACCUUUGCAGAAGCCGUCAAACAAAACUACCAAACAGCGUCAGCCGACAAGCCUGUAGAGCCCGACGAGGACGACAUGUCUGCGUCAGACGAUGAACUGGACGGUCCCGAGGACGAGGACGUCGUGCUGCCUGACGGCGAAGGAGACAAGUCGUCCGGUGAAGAAGACGAGGAUUCUGAUGAUGAUGAUGAUGAUGAUGAUGAGCCUGUAAAGCAAGCAUCCUCGGACGAAGAGGAAGAACAGAUUGUGGUCACACGACAAGAAGACGAACGCGACCCAGAAGCAGAUGCUGAGUUCGACCGUGAGCUUGCUAAGCUCAUGUCUGAGAGUGCGGAGUCUCGUAAGCAUGACCGGAAGCCUGUCUUCGAUGUGCCGCUACCAAUGCGUCGCGCUCGAGAGGCUCCGAUCAACCCUGAAGACGUUGGUAACGAGGUGCCCAUUCCGGUCGCUCCAGUUCCUUCGCAUACGAUGAAGUUCUCAUUGCUCAGCAAGCGUGGCAACAGAACGCAGACGCGAUCUAUUGACCUGCCAUCAGACUCAACCUUUGCUGUCGCCAUGCGUAACAAGCAGCAAGCAGACACAGAAGAACGACAGCGAAUCAAGAGCCUCGUCCUGAACUACAACGAAGCUCGCGAUGAUGCUGACGACACAACUGGUGAUUUACCAUUUCAUUAUACCCUUUCGCCUAAUACCAAUAGAAUACGUACUGAAACUCCUCAAGGUCUGGACAAGACUCCGAAUCCGUACGCGCAGCCGCGCCUUGAUAAAGCUGGUGCGAAUCGCAGCAAUCAGCGUGCAAGGAAGCUACAGCUGUCAGAUGUCAACUGGUAUGACUCCCAAUCCUCUCCUCGGCAGAGUCGCCCUGGGUCUGGUGCAACGUCUGCCUCAAUGCAUACGCCGUUUUCGGUGUUCACACCGAAGCGUUGA